ACUUACCCAGAAACCAAUCUCGACCUAGGCGGGCAGUCCAGGAGAAUCCAAAGGCGUGGUGAGCGACAGAACGAUGGCGGACGCGGAGAAAAACGCUGUUGCGGAGAAAAACAACGCUGUUGCGACGAAAGAGGUUCUGGCUGAGGCAGCAGCCAUUCUAGAACCUGUAGGCUUGCAGGAAGAAGCAGAGCUGCCUGCCAAGAUCAUGGAGGAGUUUAUGAGGAACUCGCGGAAGAAAGACAAACUGCUCUGUAGCCAGCUUCAAGUAGUGAACUUCUUACAGACUUUUCUGGCUCAGGAGGACACUGAGCAGAGCCCUGAUGCUCUGGCUUCUGAAGAUGCCAGUCGGCAAAAGGCAACUGAAACUAAGGAGCAGUGGAAGGACAUGAAGGCCACAUACAUGGAUCACGUGGAUGUCAUAAAAUGUGCCCUGUCUGAGGCCUUACCCCAGGUUAAAGAGGCUCACAGGAAGUACACAGAGCUUCAGAAGGCUUUUGAGCAACUCGAGGCUAAGAAGCGAGUCCUUGAGGAGAAACUUCAGCUGGCUCAGAAGCAGUGGGUACUGCAACAGAAGCGUUUGCAGAACCUGACAAAGAUUUCUGCAGAGGUCAAGAGGCGCCGGAAGAGGGCUCUGGAGAAGCUUGACGGAUCCCAUCAGGAACUGGAAACCUUGAAGCAGCAAGCGGGGCAGGAACAGGAGAAGCUGCAGAGGAACCAGAGCUACCUCCAGCUGCUGUGUUCGCUGCAGAAUAAGCUGGUCAUCUCUGAGGGCAAGGCUGAGGACAAAGAUGUGAAAGGGCGAGCCCUUACAGCCAAAUCCAAAUCUCCUUAAAGGGUGAAAACAUUGAUGGGUGAAAUUUGCCUUUUUGCACCGCAUUUAUGGAUCAUCUUGAAAAAGAAAUGAGUGCUUCCAAACCACUCAGUGAAGGAGGAGACGAAGCAGCUUUGUAAACCGCAAAGUUAAAUCCACCUACUGUACAGCUGUCCUGCAACGAGAGCAUUGAGUGAGAAGACAGCAGGGAAGGAAGAACAUUCCAGGGGAAGUGGCAGUUGCCAUGGGGUGGUGGUGGUUAUGAAAAUGCAUGAGUAAAGGAAAAUAAUUCUGCACUAAGAUAAAGCAAAAAGCCAUAGCGUGAGGACUGAGCCCAGCUAACAGGAUACUGGACAUGAGCCUCUCUGAGGGAGACAUGUCAGUGAGAAGCUUUGAGUCUAUAAACUGAUAAGGACCACAUUGACUUCUCUGUACAGAUUAGACCAGGGAUGAUAGGUUUGAAAUACAGAUAUUUAGAAUUUAUGGUUGUAUUAACAAGAUUGAAAGAUGACUAAGAUCUGGGUUAGGAAUUGUUGGCAGAAACGUGGUAAAUCUUGUGGUUAUUGGAUAGAUUUAGGCUGUUUUACUUAUACCAUUGAUUGGACGUUAAGUGUUUGAACUAUAUAUUGGGGGAAUUCCAAAGUUUCUUUAUUCUGAACUGGUAGGAUCCAGUUCUGUGCUGACAUAAAGAAUUGACAGGGCUGGACCUUAACCAAGAAACAGCUUAUGGUAGGUGUACAAUUGAGAUUUGUCCAAGUGGUACACUUGACCACUGCAUUCAUGUGUCUAAGGACCAUUGAGCAGACGGGAAUUAUGCAGCUUCACUCCAUCUAGGGCUGAGAUGGCUAAGAACACAAAAGUAUGGUAACAACUAGAGAUAGGCUGACACGGUCAGCUUCAACACCUGUUAUAUUAUGCAUGUUUGUAUUUUGAAAGGGACAAAGAAGAACACUGGUUUGGCCUGGAACACCUUUUCUACUGAGAAUGAGAAGUGGCCUGAUAUACUUAUAGCUUGACAAGUGAGAUGGUUUGAUGAUGUCUUCAAGAGCUAAGGAGAAGGGACUGAAAGAAAUUUAGUUAAGAUUGAAAGCUGGUUGUGAAGCCUGUUAGCAGAUCUUCAGGAUGGACGUAGUGAGAUGCAGCAAACCUGUUCUUUGCCUGAAGAACCUGCAACAAGACUUUGUGGCCUGGAUUGUUGACCCAUUGCAUGGAUAUGGACUUUCUGGGAAACCUUAGAUUGUUGGAAACAUUUAUGGGAAUAGGAAUCUUUCAUUAAAUACCUCAAUUUUCUUUGUUGUUGAUGUUGUUGUUAUAGCACAAUCUACCGUAUUCUGCCUGAUUUAAGAUAAAGAGCAUAAAAAUAGUGCUAGCUUGUGAGAGUUAGCCUGCCAAGGACUGUGAGGGCUAGAUAGUGAGAGGUUGGAAUUGAGCCAAGACACACUGAUGAUAAAAUAGGUGGAGGAGUAGUGAAGAUAGUUGCUGAAGUAUGCCAGGCUUUAGUUUUAUUUAGAAAAAACCAUAAGCCUUUAUUACAUUUCUGUUUGAUAAUUAUCUGAGCCCCCAAACUUCUCCUCAAAUAGUCUGUUUUAAAAGUACAAUUUAUUUACUUCCAUUUAUCUGAAGAUAUGUGCCUUCCAUUUCUAAUUUGAAAGUGCUCAGAGUAAAUCUUAGGAUAGGUUAGUUAACAUCAGCUGAUGUCUUUGUCUACUUUUGAGUCUGAGGACACCAGUGAUACUUAAUUGGGUCUUACUCUGUGCUUUCAUUUUUACUUGACUAUUGUUUUAAAGCCUCAUUUCCAAACAAAGUCACAAAGAGCCACUGAAGGCUAGAUUUUUGUAACUAUUAAACAGUAAAAAGUAUGCUACAUGUAUAAGAUGUAUAAAUACUUAUUUAAGAAUUAUAUAAGAGUAUUCUGAAA